UCCUUUCCCUUCUCUCUCUCUCUCUCUCUCACACACACACACACACACUCUCUCUCUCCUCUUCUGUUCCUCUCCGCUCUCUCUCUCUCUCUCUCUCUCUCUCUACUUUUUCUUAAGGGGGGGUUGGGCUCUUAAGGGGCCUUAAACCCCAUAAUUCUCCCCCCUAAACGCCGUAACGGACUAUCCGAGUGAACGCCGUUACCCCCUCGAGGCGCCGUAACGGACUUUCCGGAACCUGUCCGUUUAAUCCCAUCCCAUGGCUCUGGAGCAGCUGAGCCUGGGCCCUGCCAGAGCUGACCCAGACGGCGCGGCUAACGGCGCCGAGAGCCGCCCAGCGGCGUCCGCUGACGGCGCCGACGACGGGGGGAGGACUCCGAGGCUCCCCCGAUGGACGAGGCAGGAGAUUCUGGUGCUCAUACAGGGGAAGAAGGUGGCGGAGAACCGGGUCCGGAGGGGCCGGAGCUCCGGGCUGGCGACGGGGUCCGGCCCAGCGGAGUCGAAGUGGUCGUCGGUGUCGAACUACUGCAAGCGGCACGGGGUGAACAGGGGGCCGGUGCAGUGCCGGAAGCGGUGGAGCAACUUGGCGGGAGACUACAAGAAGAUCAAGGAGUGGGAGGCGAGGAUUAGGGACGACACAGAGUCGUUUUGGAUCAUGAGGAACGAUCUGAGGAGGGAGAGGAGGCUCCCCGGGUUCUUUGACCGCGAAGUGUACGACAUCCUCGACAGGGGCCCCUCGUCGUCGGCCCCAGCUGCUGCGCCGGGGCUGGACUUGGCCCUAGGUCCGGCGGCUAUGGAUGUGGAGCCGGAGAAGAAGGCUCAAGCAGCAGAGGAGGCGGAUGCGGAAGGUGAGGCCGUGUUCGAUAGCAGCCGUGGUGGAGCUGCUGCUGAGGAUGGCUUGUUCUCAGAUUUCGAGCCGGAGGAGGGCAGCACCCCAGACAAAGGGGCAGCAGCUGCGGCAGAGGCGGAGGAAGUGCCAGCUGCUCCAGAGCCGAUAUCAGAGAAGCAGUUUGAAUCGGUUUUUCGGGGCUCUCGAGUGCAAGGCACUUCAAACGAAGAACAGCCACCUGGGAACCCGGAGCUAGGCUCCACUUCACAAGAGGCUUGGAAGAGAAAACGGGUGGCAACUGAUGAUCAAGAGGAAGCAACGACCACCAGUUUGCAGUAUCAUUUGGUCGAUGCUCUCGAGAGGAAUGGGAAACUGCUAAUUGCCCAGCUCGAAGCUCAGAACAAGAACUCCCAGUUGGAUCGGGAGCAGAGAAAGGAUCAGGCCGAUGGCUUGCUCGCUAUUCUCAACAAGCUCACUGACGCGCUCGUGAGAAUUGCCGAGAAGUUAUAACACAAGGAGUCUAGCCGGUUACAAGGAGACUAUCUUUCUAACUGUGCAUAGCAGCAUAGAAAUCUAUUCUAUACUCAAGACGACAAAGGAUAUACCAAUGAAAGGAGAGGUGGUCUCAAAUAGGUACAACACAUUGCUACAGUGUCUGCGGAGGCGCAUUUACCCAAGCGUACGCCCGAUUCUCUUCAUAACUAAUAUAUAUUUCGUCUCCCAUUAUUGUCAGUUAUCGAGAUUGUUCUGCUGUACAAAAAGAUAAUAAGAACGUUUAGCAACCUGUUAAUUACCACGUCUGUGUACUUCCUCUAUUGGAGUUGAAUUAGGGACGAACUAAGAAUUGGCUGUUGAAUAGGUUGGUUAGCUUAGAAUCACUUCUAGAAAUGCUUCUGGAGAGGUUUCUGCUGCUCAGUAGAAUUGUAUUUGCAUCAAUCUUAAAACCAUCGUCUCUCUUCGAGAUUCGUGUGCUUGUACAGACGAUGUAAGCGAUGAUGAUGUUCGAUACAUAGAACAAACUUUCUGCUUGAUCUACUUUUUCAUCCCUUUAUCUAUUGAGCUGAUCACGAAUGACUUCUGAUAGAGUUGAAUGGAAUGAGAUGGAAGCAAAUGCAGGGAUGAUAACGUUGCGGAAUUACAUAUCCUUGGCCUAUGUCGAUCGGGCCCGGUCUACGAUGAUGCGGCCCGGGAAGAUUGAGAAGCCCAGUACUAGCCAUGUUAGUCCUCUCCUUUGAUCCUCAUAUGAGAGGUGGUGUCUGAACUGAGGUUUUUUCUAUGCAGCACGACAGUUUUAAGGAAAGAAAAGCAAAGACAGGGCUGGCCGUUGCUAAUGAGGUGUCCCUGUCUGUCGGCCCUUUACUUCGUGCUUUUGAUUCCUUUUUUCUUUAUAUUAUUUUAUAUUUAUUUACUAAAACUAAUGAUAAUUCCCUUUUUCUGGGAUUUAAUUUUAAAAAA